AUGGUAAGGAAAUGGGAGGCAGCACCAGAAACGCUCCACAAAGUCAAUUUCGAUGGUGCUCUAUACUCUCACAGCAGAAAAGGAGAUGUUGGAGUUCUCUUACGAGAUCACAGGGGACAAGUUGCAGGUGCAGUGGCAUUCAUAGUGAACCUAGUAUCAGAUGCUUGUGUAAUAGAAGCAAUAGCAGCAGUAAAAGCGUUGGAGUUUGCAACACAAAUGGGAUGCAGGAAGAUUGUGCUUGAAGGAGACUCUCGGAUAGUUUCAAACUGUUUGACAAAAAAGGAUGAGGUACUAUCCAACAUAGGCCCAAUUAUUCAUGAUGGCAGAAGAUGGGUAAGGAAGUUUGAUAUAUGCAUGAUAGAACACACGAAGAGAGAAGGAAAUGUGGCAGCUCAUUCACUUGCACAAUAUAGUUUGCAGCUAAAUAGCGACAGGUUUUGGGUAGAGGAUUUUCCAGAUUCGAUAACUUUAGCUGUACUAAUGGAUAUUGCAAGUUUAAAUAAAUGA